AUGGCCUCCACCAAGUCUGUCGCCAGGCUUCUGGCCUAUUCCCGCCCAUCGCCUUUCGCUCUCCGUCCUACCCCCAUCGGCUCCAUCGCAAACUUCUCCUCCUCAGUCGCCCGCGCAGCUACGCCAGCUGGUCCUCCCCAACCGGGCUUCCGCUUGCCCCCUCCGCAGAAAUGGGACCAGUCCACUGAGUCUGCCCUCGACAAGGCCACCAAGUACUUCCUCAUGGCCGAGCUGAUGCGCGGCAUGUACGUCGUGCUGGAGCAGUUCUUCAGACCUCCUUACACCAUCAUGUACCCUUUCGAAAAGGGUCCCAUCUCCCCUCGUUUCCGCGGUGAGCACGCCCUGCGUCGCUACCCCACCGGUGAGGAGCGCUGCAUUGCCUGCAAGCUCUGUGAGGCCAUCUGCCCGGCCCAGGCCAUCACCAUCGAAGCCGAGGAGCGUGAGGACGGAAGCCGUCGGACGACCCGUUAUGAUAUCGAUAUGACCAAGUGCAUCUACUGUGGCUACUGCCAGGAGAGUUGCCCCGUUGACGCUAUUGUUGAGACCUCCAACGCUGAAUACGCCACUGAGACCCGUGAGGAGCUGCUGUACAACAAGGAGAAGCUCCUUGCCAAUGGUGACAAGUGGGAACCUGAGAUUGCCGCUGCCGCCAGAGCCGAUGCUCCUUAUCGUUAAGCUGCUUUUGGUGUUAGAAGACGAUUUUAAGCCAUCUUCCGACAUGAGGAGUUGGAUCUUGACGAGAGUAUGCGCUCCCAUUUGUCGGAAUGCUCGAGAGGUUCAAGCACUAAGAAGAAAAGGGAAUGUUGUUUUCAAAUUAUUGAGAAAGUGGAAGAGUAGGGCGGUCGCUCCUCACGGCGGGUUGACUCGGCCGCUCUAGCCUUCCACUACCCACCUUGUACAUAAACUAACGCUCGCAACCCUACCCCAACCCGAUUUCUCACCUGUAUUUGUCGGGCUCACUCCCAGAGGGGUGUCCUCUGCAGUUGCCUGGAAAUAUCCCGGCUCUGGUACUCUCUGGUCUUGUCUGCUAUUGUGUGUCUUCGAUGUCGAAGGAUAUUUAUCUUAUCUGCAUGUCUCGAUUAUAUGUGUCUGUUUACCUACACUGCUGUUUCCGGUUCUUUUUUUCCUAGGGAUUUUCAAAUCGAAGAAGUAUUCUUUUCC